CAUCACGAGACUGCACCAUGAGUGGACCCUGGUGGAAAUUCCACCAUGCUACGCAAGCCAGUGCACAGCCCCUUGCCCCAUAAAUUGAGGGGCUGCRGACACUGUCAGUGUCACACAGCAGAGGCUUCCAAGCUACCCUUGCCUGCUCCAGCUCCAGCCACCACCUCUCUGCCGACAUGAAGGUGUCUCUGGUUGUCCUCGCCAUCCUCAUCGCUGCCUUCUGCUACCAGACCUCUGCAGCUCCACUUGGUUCUGACCCACCGACAUCMUGCUGCUUCUCCUACAUCUCCCGGCAGCUGCCCCGCAGCUUCGUGAAGGAUUACUUCGAAACCAACAGCCAAUGUUCCCAGCCUGCUGUCGUAUUUAUCACCAGGAGGGGCCGGGAAGUCUGUGCCAACCCCGCGGAGGAMUGGGUGCAGCAGUACGUGAAUGAGCUGGAGCUGAACUGAAGUCCUGGACAGAUCCAGCUGCUCCGUGGCCCCAGCUGACAGGAUGGACAAGCAGGACCAGCUGGGRUCCCUCGGAAGUGCUUCAAUGUCAUUUAGAGCUAGCUGAGAAACUGAAAACAUUCCAGAAUGCAACUUAAUGUUAUGCUAUUUAUUUUUUUUUAUAGGGGAGGGAUCAGGUGCAAUAAUUCUGAAAUAGCAAAUAAUUUCAUUUAAUAGAUACAUAUUUUUAAAAUGUAGMUUCAGGUUAUAUUUUCUGUAUUUAAUUAACUGUAUUUUUGACAUAAGAUUCAAU